AUGGACGAAUUACCGAAGAAUGCGAAAACGCUGGAGGAAAUUGAAUCGGAAUUGAUGUUUGGUAUGGUUUUUGGAAUUUUCAUGAAGUUUUAAUUCAUUUUUGAAUUUUUCUAGGCGAAAUUCCGGACGAUGGAAGCGAAAAUGGCAAUAUAUUUGACGACGAGUAUGAUGUCGCAAAUGAUGAGACAUUUGGUGACGUUUUACUCGGAGCUACAGAUGCGGAGCUUGAGGAUUAUGCUGCACAAACUGCUCGUUUACGUCUAGACGAUCCAGUUUGGGAGAAUCCGACAUCAUCGGCUGCAGCACCGGAUGCUUCUCAGAUACCAAUGCCUUUCUCGCUUUUUGGUUCUGGUGGUGCCACAGAACCUUUAUUUCCUUCUUCAUUCCAAAACGAUUCGUCUUUUUUGGUUAGUUUUUUUUCUUUCCACACUAAAACAUAAUAACCUCUUAUUUUUAAGGAGAAGUCUAUUUGGGGCGACGAAAGUUCUUCAAAACCAUUCAGCAGUAUUUGGGCAAAUGAUUUCGGUAUAACUGGAAUUGAUAAAGGAAAUGAUUCUCAACUUGGAGAUAUUUCUUCGUUAUUAGGUGAUGAUAAUACGCAAUUUGAACGGAAAUCUCCCUUGGUUCCUGGUGUCAUUCCUGCUAUGCCACAGAGUGCUCUUACUUUAGAAGAUCUGGAAAAAUGGGAUGAAUCAUCACCAUCAGUAUUAGGACUCGCUAUGCAAAGCAUGACGAUCUCUGAACCUCCUCCACAUACUUCAGCACUUCCAGCGUUUCCAACUGCAGCUCUUUCUCUUGACGAACUUGAACGUCAAUUGAUGCAACCAACAGUAGCAGCGAAUAUUCCAGUUCCACCAGUACAAAAUCAGGAAGCCCAGCAAUUACAAUCGCCAUCACAGAACAGACAAAGACAGAAUCUUCCGCAGUUUUCGCCAAUGUCAAUGCCACCACCAGGAUUCCCAAAACUUCCACCGUUGAAUCCACAAUUUCUUCCAUUUGUUCAUAUUUGGUUGACUCAUAUUAUGAGCAGAUAUCCACUUCCACCUGGAGUUCCGCCUGUUCCACCAUUCUUAUUCCAACUUUUGCAAAGAUUUCAGGUAUGUUUCAGUAUUAUUUUUAUUUUUAGCAGUAAUUUCAAGAAUGUUAUUCCAGAAUCCACAAUUGGUUCAUCAAAUGAUAAUGGCAUCUUCUAUUCCCCCUCAUAUGAUGAUGGGACCGCCACAAAUGUCCCAACCUCCACCACAAAGUCCGAUGAACAAAUCACAUAAAAAACAACCGGGAAUGCCAUCAAUCAGAACAAUUCAAGAUUUGGCUCUCGAUUCUUUUGCUGGUUAUAUGUCAUGGAAAGAACGUGAAUGGCUUGUUAAAAUUCAACUUCUUCAAUGUAAAGGAUGUGGAGAUCCGAUGGUAGAAGACUAUUACUAUACGGUAUGUUACUUAAGUGUUUCUUCUAUAUGAUGUUAAUUUUACUAUUUUUAGACUUGGAGAGAGAAACAGAUUGAAAAUGGAUGGGUUCCAAAACCAAAGAAUGAAGCAGAAGAAAAGUCGAAAAACGAGUCGAAACAAGAUUAUAUCGAAAGAACCAGAAGAAUGAAUUAUCGGGAAAUGCAAAAAGAAAGAGCAAGUGAACGGGAAAAAGAAAGACAGAAGGAAAGAGCCGAACGUGGAGAAGAGAAAAGACAAAAGUUGACAUUAUCUGAUAAGUUCGCGUCUAGUUUGGGUCUUCCUUCAAAAUCAUCAACUGCUAAUCCAAGACAGUUGAUCUCAAUGAAACGACACGGAGAUAGCGAGAUUUCCAAAUUAACUGAUGAGGAAAGAAAAAAUUGCGGUAGCUAAAAAAUUAAGAACUAUGCUGCUUCGUCUUGAAGAAAGUAUAUUGAUGCUUUUGGAAGUUGACGAUUUGCGUACUAAUAACAUUGGAUCGACUUCACGAUUUUAUGAACUAUCCAGGUUGGUUUCAAUAAAAUUGUUUUUUGAAUGCUAGAGAAUUUGAUAAAUUUCAGCAAAGAACGUGAAGCGGCUGCCGAUGAACGUGUUGCUGUUAUAAUUCAAGAAUUGAUGGGAGACGAUAUGCAAAAAUUAUUGCAAAUGGGAAAAGGAAGAGUUGUGAUCAACAAGACUUUGAAAUAUGCUUCACCAAAAGAACAAGCAAGAAUUAUUUUGAAUGUUAUGUCUGCCGGUGGAUUGGUUAAUAAGAAAUUAUUCGGUGAAAUUGUUCUUGAUAUUUUGCCAACAAUUCACUCAAAGCUAGCGUUAUUGCAUAAGGAUCAACUGUCUUUCUUGAUCCAAGCAUUGAAUUUGGAUACUUUAAAAAAACAGUUACUCGAAAAUAAUUCCGUAAGUUUUUUUUAUUCUGGCGUUUCCAAAACAAAUCACGUUUUUCAGCUCAUUCGUGAUAUUUUGUUGACAAUUACAAUGAUCAGUGUGGAUAAUAACCAACCAUUUUUGGAUUGGAUGGCUGGAACCAAGUUCCCAAGUUUGGCAUUAUCUGAAAAUAAAUCUCUCACAACAUGGAGAAAGGCCCUCAAAGUGUUGAACAGUGAGAAAUUGAACAGUUUUGCUGAAGUUAUUGAAGAAUCGAAAAUUAAAGACUGUGAUGAAUUGGCUAGUCUGAUUAGAGAAUCAAUCUGA